AUGCAAAAAUGGGAUUUGUUAAAAAGCCGAAAUAAAGGCAUUGAAGCAGUUCUUGAGACAAGAGCAUUGAAGGAUGUGGAAGACAAUCGGUUGAGGCUUAAGGCUUCAAUAGAGAGUGUGAGAUUGUUAGCCAAACAAAUAGCUCCUUUUAGAGGCCAUGAUGAAUCUAAAAGCUCCUUAAACCAAGGAUAUUUUCUUGAAGUUCUAAAUUCUUUUACAAGAAUGAGUGUCGAUGUUGAGAGAGUUGUGUUGAAUGUUCCUGGUAAUACUAAGUAUACUAGUCCAACAAUACAGAAACAAAUAUUAAAUAUCAUUGGUCAUAGAGUAAGGACCAAGAUACAUGAAAAAGUUGACAUUUCCAAGUAUUGUAUUCUUGUUGAUAAAGCAAAAGAUGUUUCUGGUCAGGAACAUAUGACAAUUAUUUUGCGAUUUGUUGAUUCCCAAGGCUUGAUUCGAGAACGAUUUUUUAAGAUUGUGAGUGUUCUUGACACUACCUCACAAACUCUUAAAAAUGGAAUCUUAAAAGUACUUACAAUGUACGAUCUUCAAGUGAAAAACAUGAGAGGUCAAUGGUAUGACGGUGCUAGUAAUAUGAGAAGCAUUUAUAAUGGGUUGCAAGCUUUAUUUCUUGAAGAAUGUCCUUGUGCAUAUUUUGUACAUUGUUAUACUCACCGUUUGCAAUUGACAUUGAAUGUUACCGCUCAAGGGGUACAUGAGAUUUGGCAAUUUUUUAUAACCUUGAGUUUAAUUGUGAAUUUUGUUGAUGCUUCUGCUAAGCGGCAUUCGACAUUGAUAGUUAUGAGAAAGGAGGAAAUUACAGAAUUGGUAGCUUGUGGGGAGCUUCAAACAGGCAGUGGUGCUAAUCAGAUUUGUACUUUACAACGAGCAGUUAAAAAGACUCUUAAUGUGAUGAUUGAUCAAAGAGUAGAAGGAGAAGCUGAAGCUAUUCUUAAAGCUUUAAGGUCUUUCGAUUUUGUGUUAUGUUUGCUUCUUAUGAACAAAAAUGACAAAGUCACUCCUUCAAGAGAUGAAGAAUGGGAUGGUUUGCUAAAAGAUGUGACAUCAAUUUGUGAAAUACAUGAGCUUGAUAUGCCUGAUUUGAGUGCUCGUUACAAAUCUAGAACUGGUCGUGAUUGUCAACAAAAUGAUUUCAUUUCAGUUGAGCAUCAUUACCGUGUAAGUUUGUUCAAUUUUUUGAUUGAUUAUCAGUUGAGUGAGUUGAACAGAAGAUACUCAGAUCAGGCAUCAGAACUACUUACACUUAGUUCAACCUUAGAUUCUCGUGGCAGGAGUUUUAAAACUGAAGAUGUUUGCAAUCUUGCAAAGAAGUUUUAUCCUGUUGAUUUUGAUGAUGGUGAAAUGUGUAGUCUACAAUUAGAGUGUGCAUAUUAUGAGAUGGAUAUGCAUAAUGAUCUGCAAUUCAAGAAGUUGGAAUCCAUUGCUGAGUUGUCCCACACCUUGGCUCAAACAAGGAAAUCUGAAUUUUACCUUAUGCUUUACAGAUUAAUUUGUUUAGUUUUGAAUAUUCAUGUGUCUUCGACAACCACUGAAAAGACAUUCUCAGGUAUGAAUAUCAUUAAGAAUAGACUUAGAAAUAAGAUGGAGGAUGAGUUUCUUGAUGAUUGUAUGUUGCUCUACGGUGAGAAGGAGUAUACUGAUUCUAUUGACAAUUAG